GAAACCGUAAAAUAAUUAGAGAAAGAUCGGAAAAAGAAAAGCAGUGGUGUAAAUGGGUAACACUCAGUCACCUCCGGUGAAUCCUCGCUUCGCCUCGGCAUCCAGAGCUUUUACGCAAAAGGAGAUAGGAGAUCUCAGAGCACUGUUCGUGUCCAUGGCUGCCCAGUCACAGAGCGACGGUCGAUACAUCUCUCCCUCUGUCUUUCAGGCAUACUUUGGACUGAAAGGGGCUCUUGGGGAAAGACUCUUUGAUUUGGUUACGCAGCAAAGGAAAGACCAGAAAUUGACUUUUGAAGACCUCGUAAUUGCUAAGGGGACUUAUGAGAAAGGAACAAAUGAUGAGAUUGAGGAGUUUGUUUACCAAUUAUCUGAUGUCACAGGUGAUGGUGCUUUGGGGAGGUCUGACAUAGAAUCUGUUCUAGUUACGAUAUUUGAUAACAUAUUCAAUGUGAAAAGUUCUGAACCUGGAUCAAGUUCCCAAAGGGACAUGGUGGACAUAUUUCUUAAUGCUGCAACCUUCUCAAGGGGUGAUGAAAGAUGCAAUGAUAGAAGUAUGUCUUUUGAAGAUUUCAGAAAGUGGUGUACACUCAUCCCAUCUCUGAGAAAGUUUCUUGGAAGCCUACUUAUUCCAUCUGAUCCAGGGCGACCUGGAUGUCAAGUUCCUAAAUUGAUGCAUUUAGAGAAUGUUGAUUCCAGUAUGUUGUUGCUGAGAAAGGAGUAUGCUUGGCAUAUAGGAGGAGCUCUUUCCCGGCAAGAGCUAGUGGAAUGGAAACUUUUGUAUCACAGUACCUCAAAUGGCUUAAGUUUCAAUACAUUCUUGGGCAGCAUAACAAAUGAUAAUGGGCCAACUGUCUUAAUUAUUAAGGAUAAUGAAGGUUAUAUAUACGGGGGUUAUGCUUCCCAGCCUUGGGACAGGCAUAGUGAUUUCUAUGGAGAUAUGAAGUCUUUUCUCUUUCAGCUCCAUCCAAAGGCAUCUAUAUUCAGACCAACUGGGGCCAACAACAAUUUACAAUGGUUGGAACUUUUCUGUUUUGCAAAUACAUCUGCAAUUGUUAAGCUCUGGCGACCUGGAUGUCAAGUUCCUAAAUUGCUGCAUUUAGAGAAUGUUGAUUCUAGUAUGUUGUUGCUGAGAAAGGAGUAUGCUUGGCAUAUAGGAGGAGCUCUUUCCCAACAAGAGCUGGAGGAAUGGAAACUUUUGUAUCACAGUACUUUAAAUGGCUUAAGUUUCAAUACAUUUUUGGGCAGCAUAACGUUGCCCUUGAAUAAAAUGGUGAUAGCAUUCCACGGAGAGGAAUGGAUAAUUGUUCAAUUGAACUGCAGAAAUGAUAAUGGGCCAACUGCUGUGAUUAUUAAGGAUAAUGAAGGUUAUAUAUAUGGGGGUUAUGCUUCCCAGCCUUGGGAGAGGCAUAGUGAUUUCUAUGGAGAUAUGAAGUCUUUUCUAUUUCAGCUCCAUCCAAAGGCAUCUAUAUUCAGACCAACUGGGGCCAACAAUAAUUUACAAUGGUGUGCUGUGAGUUUCAGUUCAGAGGCCAUUCCAAAUGGCAUUGGGUUUGGAGGGCGAGUUAAUCACUUUGGCCUGUUCCUCUCAGCAGGCCUUGAUCAGGGACACACUUUCUCUUGCACAACGUUCAACAGCCCUUGCCUUUCAAAGAACAGUAAAAUCUGCCCGGAAGUGAUAGAAUGCUGGGGAGCCGUAAGGAAAGGAAAACAAGAAGAAAGACAAGAUGCUCUCAAAGGUAAUGUGUUAGAAAGGUUUAAGGAGGACCGGAAUAUGCUCAAUAUGGUAGGGAUUGCAAAUGCUAGCGAGUAAAUAUGUUCAUCUUUGGCCUGCACCUUCGGAUGGGGCUUCAACAUUCAGAUCAGUGCUUAAGGUUAGAAGUCCUGUUCAAUGUCUGUCUAGUUCAAAGGAAAAUUGUGUUUAUCCCGAGUUCCUGAUUCCUCAAUCAAACAGAACUUUAUUUAUUUAUUUAUUUUUAUCAAUAUAAUCCUCAUGUAGACGCCAAAUCCUCUCCUCCAACUACAAAAAUUUACUGGUGGUUUGAAAUAGGAAAUUACAACAGUGUUUAUGAGG